AUGGCUUUACCUUUCAUACUUCGUGCAACUCAAAGUGAUACGGAUGGAGGGGAGAACAACGGUCCAAGCGAGUCUGAGUUCGAAUACCUCAGCAGGGACGGACAAGAAGAAGCAGCACAGUCGUUGUACUUCUGGUACGGCAGACAACUUUUGUAUCAAUACCUUGCGGGCAAUAUUGCGAAGGACGCUUGCGUCACAAUGCCCGUCAGUCGCCUUGACUGGUCCCUCACUCAGGCCGUGGCAACCUUCCCAUACUCGGAUAUCCUUGCAAAAUUACAGCAGAACGGAUUGCAGAAUGGCCUCUCAUCCUCUGCACUGUCCGAGGAUGACAAAUUUUUCGAAUGCGUCGUGGGACUUGGGUCGGCAGCGUUGAGAAAUACCGACCGAUCCGAAUGGAUCUCGAACUUCCUUGCCGAAGAAGGUCGAGCGGCACGCGCUCCGCCUAACAGUGCAGACCGACCAUCAAACGGAAAUGAUGUACGAACCGCGGUGGAUCGUGAUGCAUAUACAGACUCCUCAUCUGGAGAAGACUCAAACCUCCCCAGGUAUACGAUGACCCUGAAGGAGGUCGGCGAUGCUGAAGGUCGCCAGCCCUGUUACAGCAUCAGGCAACUCUCCCUAGUGCCCCCAGAUUUCGAAGCUGUGGUGCAAUUUCGAUGUUCUACGUACGAAGGCAGAGCCAGCACGAAGAAGAAAGCGAAGCACCUCGCCUCCAGAAACGCAUGCAAUGGUCUCAAUAUUUUCCUAUAA